UCCACCAGCAUGGCCGCAACGACACAUUGUUAUUGGGACGGGUACAGCGACUUCUCCACAGCCUCCAUGACGAAUAGCCCCAGCGGUCACGAGCGAUGAUGCGCCAUGGCGGAAGGAGUUGCAAAAGUGGGAAUCCGUACGAGGCUAUCGUUGCUAUUUAUUCGCCGAAGCCAAAGGGAUCGCGGGGCAACUCUCGCUAGGUACUUCAGGAUUUGGGUAUUUAUUAGAAACCUUUCUCCCCCACCACCCCCCCAAUCUACUGUUGAGAAUAUACAAAAAUACUUCUUCUGAACCCAAUUCACGUCCUACGUUCCACAUUACCCCUCUCGACUCUGCCCCCACUUCCUUUGAUCAACACAUAAUACAUCCUCAAAUAUGGCUCAACCAACGAUCAAGCUCAACAGCGGACAUGCCAUGCCCCAGAUUGGCUUUGGGCUCUGGAAGGUUGACAACGCUACCUGCGCCGAUACCGUGUACAAUGCCAUCAAGGCCGGCUACAGAUUAUUCGACGGAGCUUGCGAUUACGGCAACGAGAAGGAGGCCGGAGAGGGAGUUGCGCGAGCCAUCAAGGACGGUCUCGUCAAGCGUGAGGAUCUCUUCCUAGUGAGCAAGCUGUGGAACUCCUUCCACGAUGGCGAGCGAGUCGAGCCGAUCUGCAAGAGGCAAUUGGCGGACUGGGGCAUUGACUACUUCGACCUGUACAUCGUGCACUUCCCCGUCGCUCUCAAAUACGUCGACCCUUCCGUGCGAUACCCUCCCGGAUGGACUGUUGAUGGAAAGAACGAUGUGCAGCAGAGCAGUGCUUCGAUCCAGGAGACCUGGACUGCUAUGGAGAGCUUGGUCAACAAGGGAUACGCGAAGUCCAUUGGUAUUUCCAACUUCCAAGGUUCUUUGAUCAUCGACCUGCUCCGAUAUGCCAAGAUCCGCCCUGCCACUCUCCAGAUCGAGCACCACCCAUACCUCGUGCAGCCCACUCUCCUGAAGCUUGCGGAAGCCGAGGGCAUCGCCGUCACCGCAUACUCGUCCUUUGGACCCCAGUCCUUCCUGGAGCUGAAGUUCAAGUCGGCCGAGGACGCCCCGCUCCUCUUCGACCACCCCACGAUCGUGGAGGUCGCCAAGAAGCACAACAAGACCCCCGCGCAGGUCCUCCUGAGAUGGGCCACCCAACGAGGACUGGCCGUCAUCCCCAAGAGCAACAACCCGGAGCGUCUGAAGCAGAACUUGGCCAUCACCGAUUUCGAUAUCGCUCAGGCCGACCUGGACGCCAUCAGUGGUCUGGACCGCAACCUCAGAUUCAACAACCCCACAGAUUACCUCGGAACCCUGCACAUCUUUGCUUAAGUUAGAGGUAGCAGCGUUGUGUGUUGUCUGCUAGACUUUUCUUCCUGUAGCACUUGGAUACCUAGAAGCUGGCCGCAGCACGUUGUUUAAGGCAAAAGAAUUAAUAUCCC